AUGAGCCCCAAGAAUGUGGUCUUCAAGAAGAUCUGCAAAGACAAAUCGGUGGGCGUGUACAUGGGGAGGCGUGACUUUGUGGACCGCGUGGACUCGGUGGAUCCAGUAGAUGGCGUCAUCGUGAUCGACCGCGAGGCCCUGCAGGGGAGGAAAGUGUUCGUGACGCUGUCAUGCACCUUCCGCUAUGGCCGUGACGACAUGGAUGUGAUGGGCAUUGCCUUCCGCCGCGAGCUGUACCUGUCCACGCGCCAAGUGUAUCCUCCCCUGCAAGACCGAGAACAGGGUGUCCACACCCGCACGCAGGCCAAGUUGCUGCGCAAGCUAGGAGACGACGCGUACCCCUUCUUUUUUGAGUUCCCUGACAACUUGCCCUGUUCGGUCGCCAUGCAACCAGCGCCCCACGAUGUCGGCAAGCAAUGCGCGGUGGAGUUUGAGGUGAAAGCAUUCAGCGCCGAGGCUCAGGACUCUAAAGUCCACAAAAGGAGCUCGGUCAAGCUGAUGAUCAGGAAGGUGCAGUAUGCCCCCGAGAGCCAGGAGGGGGCGACGGCGCCCUCUGUGGAAAUCUCGCAGGAUUUCUCCGUAUCGGACAAGCCGCUGCACGUGACAGCGAGGCUGGAUAAAGAGGUUUUUUACCAUGGUGAGACCAUGAGGCUGCACCUGGAAGUGGUCAACAACUCCAGCAGGAAUGUCAAGAACGUGAUCGUCUCCGUGGAUCAAGUUGCCACGGUGGUUCUGUACUCCAACGACAGCUACGUCAAAUGCGUCGCCAUAGAGGAAGGGGAUACAGUUCCCGCAGGGACUUCGCUCCGCAAAGACAUACUCCUGCUCCCCCUGUUGGCCAACAACAGGGAGCGGCGAGGUAUCGCCCUUGACGGGAAGCUCAAGCAUGAAGACACCAACUUGGCAUCGUCCAGCAUCAUCAAGCCGGGCAUCCUGAAAGAGGUUCUGGGCAUCUUGGUCUCCUACAGGGUGACGCUGAAGCUCAUCAUCGCAGGUUGUUUGUGUGCCAGUGAGGUCUCGCUGGAGCUUCCUUUCAAACUGAUGCACCCCAAACCCGACACAGUCAAGGAAAGCGAAAUGGAGGAGGAGAUGGUGUUCCAGGAGUUUAAGCGAUCGUACCUUCGAGGAAUGAUCGCAGACGACGAUGAGGAGGAAGGAAACGUGUCGGGCGGCGAUGACAUGGCGCCAAAAGAAAAAUGA